CUUCCACUUUUCUGCAUCUUCUAUUUCUUCUUCCUUUUUCCUCCACUCGCAUCGACUGGACAAGUAUCUUCAUUUUCUCCCUUUUUCUUGCAAGCAAUUGCAGGGACUCGAGGUGUAGUGCAACCGCUUUGUGCUUUGUGCUUGUGGACAGACAAAUCUGGAAAGGCGACCUGACACGGGGUUUCUGUGGCUGGACUAUUCCUCCGCUUUUUCGUCUCACCACUGACUAAACACCACGGGCUUUUUUUUUUUCUCUUUUCUCUUCCCCAGCUUCCUCAAUUAUUGCCACGCUUACUUUGCAACAUUGAACCUGGAACAACCCGAAUUCUAGGCUUCUCCCAUCAUCAAUCUUGCAAACCAGCGAACCUCUGAUCAACACCAACAACUUCUUCGCCAUGGAUAGCGUCCUGCGUCAAUCCAAGGCCAUGUGCCCGUUCCUGAAGUCGGCAUCGCCCGCGACCCUGCGUGCCAUGUCGACGGUGGCUCGCCCCAAGGCCUCGCCAUUGGGCGGCACCAUGUCCAAGCUGCAGCUGUAUGCGCAUCGCUGCCCCGUCAUGGGCAAGGCCAUGGCUGUUCAAUCGUCCAAGUACGGCGCUGCGGCGGGCAUUCGUGCCUUUUCGGCGCAGACCAAGACCACCGGCAAGGCUAGGCUUCACACGAGCCGUAACCAGGAGGCCCGGGCUGUGGAGAGCCCAAUUCUCGAGGGACGCAAGAAUGCGCCGCCUCCUCCUCCCGGCGUGGCAGCCCGCAAGGAUGCGCCGCCGGUCACCGUGACUCCGUCCGUCUUCAGCUCGACCGGCAAGUUUUCCUAUGAAGAUUUCUACCAGUCCGAACUGGACAAGAAGCACAAGGACAAAUCGUAUCGUUACUUUAACAACAUCAAUCGUCUCGCCAAGGAGUUCCCGGUUGCCCACAUGGCCAGUAAGGAGGACAAGGUGACCGUCUGGUGUGCCAACGACUACCUCGGCAUGGGUGGAAACCAGCACGUUCUCAACACCAUGCAUGAGGCUCUGGAGAAGUAUGGUGCCGGUGCUGGAGGCACUAGAAAUAUUUCCGGACACAACAAGCAUGCCGUUGAAUUGGAGCAGACGCUGGCCAAGCUCCACGCCACCGAGUCGGCGCUUGUCUUCAGCUCCUGCUAUGUUGCCAACGAUGCCACUCUGGCUACCCUUGGCAGCAAACUUCCAGACUGUGUUAUCCUGUCUGACAGCUUAAACCACGCUUCCAUGAUCCAGGGUAUCCGCCAUUCCGGAACCAAGAAGAUUGUGUUCAAGCACAAUGACAUUGCAGAUCUCGAGGCCAAGCUGGCGUCGCUACCUCUGCACGUCCCCAAGAUUAUCGCUUUCGAGUCCGUUUACAGCAUGUGCGGUUCCAUUGGACCGAUUGAGGAAAUUUGCAAUCUGGCUGAAAAGUAUGGCGCUCUCACCUUUUUGGAUGAAGUUCACGCCGUCGGCAUGUAUGGCCCAACCGGCGCUGGUGUCGCCGAGCACCUGGAUUGGGAGGCUCAUGCCAACGGCAGGCCUCGCGGAACCAUCAUGGACCGCAUUGACAUUUUCACCGGAACUCUUGCCAAGGCCUACGGAUGCGUUGGUGGCUACAUUGCUGGCAGCGCCAAGUUUGUCGACAUGAUUCGAUCGCUCGCUCCCGGUUUCAUCUUCACCUCGACUCUGCCACCGGCGACAAUGGCCGGCGCCAGGGCUUCUAUCGAGUACCAGAUGGCCUAUGAUGGCGACCGUCGCCUGCAGCAGCUCCACACUCGCGCCGUCAAGGAGGAGCUCAACGCCCGCGACAUUCCCGUCAUUCCUAACCCGUCUCACAUUAUUCCCAUCCUGGUCGGCAACGCUGGUUUGGCCAAGGCGGCCUCGGAUCUCCUCCUCCAGGACUACAAGAUCUACGUCCAGGCCAUUAACUACCCCACCGUCCCCGUUGGCCAGGAGCGUCUCCGAGUCACUCCUACCCCCGGCCACAACAAGGAGCUCCGCGAGAAGCUCGUGACUGCUCUUGACGAGAUCUGGACCCGCCUUGAUAUCAAGCGCACUUCGCAAUGGGCUGCCGAGGGCGGUUUCAUUGGCGUCGGCGAACCGGACAACGUCCAGGAGCCUCUGUGGACUGAUAAGCUGCUGGGUAUCGAGCAGGCCACGCAGGAGGCCAAGGCCGCCGGUGUUCCUGAAAAUGGCAUCACCGAGGCUCUGCUCGCCCGCGAGGAAAACAACGUCAACCGCGUGAUGGACGUCUCGGCUUAAAUGACUGAGUAGUACCGCCAUGCCAUGGCCGCGGCUUGCCUCGAGCCAGCUGCAAAUCAAGUUCCUUUCUCUAUAUAGCCACAUUUUUGAUGACACUUUUUUUUUUAUGCUCCCACGACAGCUAAAGCUGCAUAUAAGAUGGGUUGACGAAUACAAUAAGUUUUUUGGCGUCGU